CGAAAAGACUGAAGUACACAGUUGGCGGGGUGAAUAACCUUGGAACCGGCUUUGAGUUAGAGCGCAUUUCAAUGUUGACGUUCGAACCAAUCAGUCGAAUAGCUGUUAAAAUAAAUAAAUUGUCAUUUUUUGACUCAUGAGGUAGUCAUGAGUUUAUUGUUCUAAUGAGUCCACGUAACUUUACUUCAUCUCAGAAAAAUUUUCCAAAAUACCCAUCCAUCAACGAAUAUUCCUUCGGUCGGUUUUAUAUGAUGAAAACACUUAUUAGGAGACCAUAUAAGUCCAAAAGAUUCAUAAAAGAGCUGAUUUCUAUACCUCUAGGAAUAGGUUAUGACCUUCGUUAUUGAUAAAGUCUGAAUUAUGUAGCACUUGUCCUCAGUGGGCGAACAUGUCUUUUUCAAUAUGAUUACAUGGCGAGACUAUAACUUUUGGACGAACCAACCAAAUGCUGUCUACCUACUUGAAUCAGCAGUCAUUUUUUGGAAAAGUAAAAACAUUAUCCAAUCAGUCCGAAAACUAACUAUGGUUGCGUCUUCUCAGUUGUUAAAAUACAACGAUGAGUAAGUCCUUUCUCCAAGAAUGAUCACUUCAUUAAUUUGCCGAAGGAGACUAGCUUUACGUCUCGAAGGGCAACGAUUAAACGGUCUUCAAACAUCCGACUCAGAUAUGAGAAACCGUAGAUGGUUAGUAAUGUCCUAAGAAAACCAUCGAUGAACGGUCAAUAACUGUCCAGCACAGUGAUUUUUAGGGUUAGCAAUCUAAUAUGUAGAAGUUCGGACAACCAAAUUUACACAACACAACGGUGACUGUCGUUGUUGCGAUUACCAGGCGUACAUGCUACUAUGGUAAAUGGUAUGUCUUGGUUUCUCCCGUCCGUCAAACCCAAAAAGUAAUCAGGCCUCUCCACAUAACGUCUAUUAACUUCAGGAAUCGAGGGGAUCUGACCAAAACCGUUCAGAUCUGAUACUUCAUCAGUAUUGACGUACACUAUCAGGUAAUGUGUCAUGAAAACUAGUCUAAAUCGUUAAGCCAUAGUCUAACCAACUAAACAAAAUGAACCCUAGUGUCGGUUGACCUCGAUCAACAACCCACUAUCCAGGACAUCGAGAGCACAACAGCACAAGCUGAACUUGCAGAUGAAAUAAUGUACCAACCUGCCCUAGACUAAGAUCUGUUGGGAAUGCCGCGAGUGCUGUGAAUCUACCAUCUUGACUCAUCUCAACAGUCAAUGGCUUAAUGGACUGAUACCACGUUUUGUUUAAACUUGAAAUUGAAUGACUGGCCAUCACUUUCUUUUUUUCAGCUAAUUGUCGUCUGUCGGUUUAGGAAGUGGUCCGACUUAUGCAGUGUUCGUACCUCGUUAAUCGAUUCCUCAGUUUACCUAGUACCCUGUUUCUGACAGCAGGAUUAUUAACUUAGUCUUUCUUCGAGAUGCGAGCAGCACUUCAAAGACAGCCAUGAUAAAAGCAUGCAGCCUACAGAUGUCUUAUACUUUCAUAGACAGUUUCAGUCAUAGAGUGAUAUAAAGCGGACUGGUGCACAGUAUACUCGCUUCUUGACUGAAAACCGAUAUCUCACUAGUAUUAAAAUCUAACUAUCUAAUAUUGAAGUAGAUGGGAUGUUAUUAUAGCCUAAAACCUUUUGAUUUAAAACUGAGUACUUCAGUCUCCCGCUUAAGUUGGUUUGUACGAAUUCAUCGACUGGUUUCGUUUGCACUCAUUCUUUUUAGUUUCACUGCAAACAAUGUCUUAUAUCACGUCGGAUUACCUUUCAGCAUAUAUAACGCAUACUCUUAUCGUCUUGUUCAGUGCAUAUUUUCAUUGAACGUUUGAUGUGAUUUAUCCAUUUACCGCCAUAGUUAUAUAUGUAGGAGAAUGUAUCAUAUUUCUUCGUAUUAACUUAGCAAGUUUGUUAAAUAGCUGCUUGUUCACUGUGACCUUAUGUAAAUUUCAAUGUAAAAUAAUUAUUCAGUCUUACAGGUAUUGUGCUGCUAAACAUUGACAAAUUAUUUAAGAUUACUAACCGAUUCAAAUCAUUAUAAGCAGAGAUGAGUAAAGGUCAGCAGUGUAAUCCAGGAAUCACGUUUCGUCCCAUUUAAGACUCGUCGUCUAGAUGUACCUGAAUUCCAGCAUGAGAUUCAACUAUGGGAUCCAGGUACAUCCAGCUGAUGAAACCUAAAUAGGACGAAACUCAAGUACUGGAUUACACUGCUAGCCACCAUUCAUCUCUGCUUAUAAUGCUUGCGACUCAGAGCAAUUUCGAGGCAAUUCACAUAUGUCAAUAACAGACUGAUCGAUUGCAGCCCUCAACUUUAUUUAAAAAAAUGCAAACUACCAAUACAAAUGAUUCAAGUUAUGUUAGAUCUUUCUGUAAUUUUUUUUAUCGAUAUAUCAAAAUUUUAGCAUUACUUUCACUUGAUCCUCCUUUCUGUUUUUCAGGUCAAAUGUUUGGGACCACGUUUAGUUUUAUUCUUUAAAACAUUUGCUUUAUUCUAUGUUCUUUAUCCGAAAUAUGAGUCGACUGUGGGUUAUUGUGUUUUCAAAUGUGCACCUAUUUUAUCACUUGUUGCAUUUGUUUAUAUGUAUGGGGUUAAGAUACCAAACAAUCAAGCCUAUUCUUUAAAAAUUUUUCUUGGUCUUCUAUUCUCUUGUUUAGGCGAUGCAUUUUUGGUAUGGCCUAGUCUUCUUAUUCCUGGCACGGCUAUGUUUGCCAUUACACAUAUAUUAUACAUUUACGCAUUUGGUUUUCAACGUUUAAAACUAUCUAUAUUGUUCAUUUUACUGCCAAUACUUCUCUGUGUAUGUGUUUCUGUAAAAGAAGGACUAGACGGUAUCAAUACACUUGUUAUUCCAGCUUAUGGAUUAAUAUUAGUAAUUAUGGUAUGGCGUGCAUUAGCCCGAUUAACUAAACAUGAAUAUUCUAUACCAUGGACAUGUAUAGCUUCUGCCGUUGGUGGAUUACUAUUUGGUGUAUCUGAUACUAUAUUGGGAAUUUGUUUAUUCUCUAGUGAUAUAUCGUCAUUUAAAUGUAAUUUAAUUUUACCAACGUAUUAUGCUGGUCAGUUGUUGAUUUCUGUAUCUGUUGUUGAUAGCCAUUUAACAUCAAUAAAAACGAGUCCAUAUCAUGAAGAUAAAAAGCAGUAGUAGUUGCGUUCUUUUAUUAAAUAAAAAGCCUUUUCUUCCAUCACCUGUUUAUUUUCUCUGCUUUUUGACAUAUAUUUGUCUUCAUUACUUCUUUGUACUUUUUAGCUUGCUUAUUAUUUCACGAUGUGUUCAUAUUGUUGUUCAUAGUUGAUGAUAAAUAAAUAAACGCUUAUUUUUGCAUCUGUUAUCUUGUUUUAUUACAUACCUGUCU